UGCUGUCAUGCCGUCUUCAUAAUUGAAUACAUGUUAAGGGUGUCGGAAGGGCAGGGGACUCGCCUACCUAAAACCAGAGCCGCCCAAAGGAGCACUCUGACCAGUGUUCUGCAGUUUCUAGAGUCGCGUCCAGCAACCCACGCCCCUCGCUCCCACCGCACCCCGGGCCUUCAGACGCCUCCCCCUCGACGCCUCCUCUCCUCUCUACCACACGGGCCUCACGGCAUGCUGGGAAAACGCAGCUAUCAUCACCACAGCAGGGCUGACCCAGACAGGCGCACAGAGAACCCAGGUACAACAGGUGGCCCUCUCAUGCAUAACGGCCGCAACAGCAGCGGUGGAAAUACCAGGGGAGGAGUGAUGAUUCGCAAGAGGCGCCCCAAUUGGAUUGACGCUCCCGAUGACAGCUUCUUCCUUGUCACACGGGAGACCAGGCGGGCUCGACGGAUGCUGUCGCGCUCCCAGCUGAGGCACGCUUGCCGGCAACCUUGUGAGCAAAUCACCCUGCGCAGGGCGUCCCAGGGUCCACCGCAGGGGCUUGUCCUCGCCCCUCCACACCCUCACCCCAGCCUGAGAAUGCGAGGCCCCAUUGUUAUCCACGAUUGAUCGGAUAUGGACUCUCCGACCUCCACUCCACCUGCACUUCUGCGUACACACUAAUGAAUUCUCACCACCUGUUCUGCCAUUAAAUCCUCAACCCCCCCCCUUUACUUUUAGUCCUAAAAAUACCAUUGUACCCCUGACAACACUUAAACAAGCUGUCUAACUGUUUGGCAACAGAAGGAUGCGAUGAGCUGCGAUGCAAUAGAAACAUAAGCCUGACCUGACUGCAAGUGCUGCCUGUCUUUACUCCCCUGGGGAUUACAUUUGUAUAUAUAUAUACUGUAUCUGGGUGCACGUAGAGAGCGUGCGUGUAUGUAUGUGACCCUAUCAACCAACACAUGAGGGAGUGGUCCGAGCGGAUGUUGAUGUCCGCUGUUCUUAGUUUUUACAGGAUGGACGUAACCACAGGACUUUGUGUGACCUUUGUGUUGAUGGUGAAUUUUCGUGAAGUUUUAUCAGUUUGUAUAAAGUUAUGGGUGGGGGCAUGGGGGCUUGAAUUAGUAUGGGGAAGGGGUAGCGCUGCAUUUAAGGGGGAAUGGCGUUCUUUUAAUAUGGGUAUCAAGACACAAGUCCACUGUUAACAUUAAAAAAGAAAAUGCACUACACUGAGAUUGGUCAUUUAAGACACGACUGCUACAAACUGUGUUUUAGUUUCAGUCAUUCACACACCUCUUGAAAUCUAAAUAAAUGAGCUGGAAUCAGUGUUGAAGAGAGAUGAGGUAUUUAAGUGGGGUCUGUUUCUGGCUCCAUAUUUCUAUUCUUGGACUAUACUGAAGUGGUUUUGCCUCAUUCACUCAGGCUCAAAAUAAGCCUUGUAUAUCUUAUGCUGGGGUUUGGUGCAGAUUAUCACAAGCAAAGUAAAGCAUUUUUAUCUCCUCUCCUGCUCAAGCCAACUUCUAACUGAUUGGCUGCUUCUUGCAAACAGAGCAUCCUAAAAGGAAUUCAGAGUUAAGAAUGGAAAAAAACUGUCUCAAGCAUAAGCUUUUGUUUCAUACACACACACUUUUGGCAUGUUUAUGAUCAGUGUUGCUGAUAUUAAACAUGGCCAAAGUUUAAUAAGUAACACCUGUGAGCCAAAUGCUCAGUUUCACACAGUUUUUCCUACUCUUACUGUGACAACAGAAGUCCCGCCCACCUGUAGUUCAAACCUUCUGUUUACGAGGGGUGUCCAAUUAGAAUAAGAUAGCUUACAUGGAGUGGCGACACAGUUAAAACAACUUGUUUCACUCAGAGGAUGGAGCAAGGGCUGCGGAAAGGAUCAAAUAAAUAUAAAUAAGGAUUAUUUUGAGCUGUUUUCAUUAAAAGGUACUUUAGUAGUGCCCAGGAAUAGAAAUACAGACUACAAAUGAAUAGAACAGAUCCUCUUUAAUAUGGUCAUGAAAGUUGUAAUCUCUCUCUCUCUCUCUCUAUAUAUAUAUAUAUAUAUAUGUCAGAACAUAAGAAAAUGCAUAACAGGCCCUCUUAAAAACAACAAUAAAAACAAGAAAUGUGUAUAAUUCUACCCAAGAAACUAUGUUGCUCAUGAUGAAUCUCCUUGAAGUAUAACAAGGCAGAGAGCCAGCUUACAUCAAACAUAAACCUCCCACAUUAACCGCUGUAUAAUAUAUUGUAUAUCUCAUUACAUCACUGUAAAUUGAACUCAUCUUCUUUCUAUGGCCAGUUCUACCUACCUAUCCCAAACAUGGGUACUAAAGCACUUCCUUUGCAGCAGAAAAGGGCAUGGAUCCGUCACAUUUCCCUCAAGGCUGUGAUGUCCCGGCAACUUUUUGAGGCAUAAAAAUACAUGCGGCUUUGCCAGCAGCUGUUUGCUAUGUGCUAACAUCCUCUGCUUUUUGUUCUUUAAAGCUAACGCUUGCGUUUUUACUGAUUUCAAACCUCUCUCCCCCUGCUGUACCGCCAAAUUGCCUCAAAAAGCUGCCCACCAGCGCAUCCGGCCUCAAGGUGUGUUUAUUCUGAGUUUUAGAACUGGCAUUGCCGCCGCAUGUCUUUGAGGUGAGAGCCUCAGCUGACCGAUGGGUCACUUGAUUUCUUCUUUCAUUCAGAAUGUUUAUGUUAGUGUUUCCUGUAUGUCAUGUGUUGAAUUAUGAAUAUGCUGAGACCAAUAAAAGAGAAAAAC